ACUGAUUCCAGUUAGUCGGUUGUCAACAGGCUGAGCGAGAAAACGAGCCGUCGAUUCAACUUGGUACGUGGAACUGAUAACACAGACGUAACGUUACCGUGUUGACAAAAGCUCUUUCACUCGUUUUGGAAGUUCAGUUUUGUUCGGUGUAUCCAGUCAAAUAAUGAAGUCCCCUGGACACGCCCCACUGAGCACCAUGAACAUGUGAAACCUGACCCUCCAGUAGGCAGAUGCGAGUCCCAGGCUGGAUUGAAUGGCACUGAGGAUACAAGACUGCGACUCAGUGGGCGUACUGCAAUGACUAGCCGGCAUCCUAGCCAUGCAGAGAGUGCUCACUCCACAAAAAAACAGCCACCUGCUGUGUCCCCCAAGCUCCAUGUGCAGCGAUCCCCGUCAACGGAGACCAUCACCAUCCACUUCUCAGCUUUUGGGAAGGAGGAAGAGGAGGAGGAGGAAGAAGAGCUGUACAUGACAACUGUCUCCACUACCUCAGCCGCUCAGGAUGACUCAAACAUUGUGACAGCCUUAGAAGCCAGUGAAGAGAUGUUCGAAGGGGUGCCGUUGGACUCUGCAGCCGAGGUUGCUGUCAUUCCUGAAUCAUCCAGACUUUCUCCAGUUUCUACACAUCACACUAAAAGUUCUCCCACACAAACUCUGUCAUCACGUAUUGCUGAGCAAAAAGGCUCAACUUCCCAAUCCUCUCCUACUAAAUCUUCGAGCUUUCCCUCCAGUGACAGACCCUUCCUCAGCUUAGUGAAGUCUUUCUCGUCUGACGUAGAGUCUCAUGGGAUCCCUUCUGCUGCUGCUCCUACAGUAAGGCAUAGGCACCUGAUGAAGACUCUCGUCAAAUCUUUAUCAUCAGAUACAUCCCAGGACUCAUCCUCCUCCACACCCUACCGUCUUCCAGAACCCCGCCUUAACCUGCAACUCUUCAAGCAAUUCACACAAUCCCGGAUGCCGUCUGCUACCAAGUCGUCAGCUGGUGACUCUAAAACUGCCCCUUCGUCGCCAUUAACCUCACCAGAUAACCGCAGCUUCUUCAAAGUCUCAGAAGUCGAGGCAAAAUUUGAAGACACUAAGCGCCGUCUCUCUGAGGCUAUCUCAGAACCGCUUCAAUUGCUGAGUAAGAUCAUGGAUGAAAAAAGUGGCAGCUUAGUUGGCAGCAGCCUUUACCGGCCCAAGGCCCUCUCUGCCAGUGCCACAGAACUCUCUAAUAUUACUGCUAUCAACGGUCACCUGGAAAGCAACAACAAUUACUGCAUUAAGGAGGAAGAAGGAGGUGACUGGGAGGCUGAGAGCCCCAACAGCGAGGCUUCUGGUCGAGCUGAAUCACCUGUUCCCCUCUUUGUUGACACUAAGAGCCCCAACAAAUCGUCUUUACUGUCCAUGUCAUUGAACAAGUGCUCUAUGUCCACUCUUGCCAAACAAGAAGAUGACGACUAUUGCAUCCUGAACAGUGAGGACUUUGAGACUUGUACUGACACAGAAGGUGAUGGCGGCGAUAGAACUGAUGAUACUGGAACUGGGAGUCAAACUAAAGUGCCACUAAGUGGUAGUACUGAACCAUGCAGUGAAGAUGAAUCUGAAAGUAUUGAGCCGGCACCUAGUGUUCCACACUAUACUCUCAUCAUCCUUACUGGGCUGGUCUAUGGGUAUUUUGUAUUACCCCUGCCCAGUUAUGUAGGAGGAAUGCUGCUUGGGAUUGGGCUGGGAUUCCUUUUAGCUAUUGGUGUUGUGUGGCUGACAGGACCAAAACCUUCUGGUAGUAGAUUUAGACAUUCCAGACACAGCAGGAAGCAGUGGAAUAUGACCACGUUGGACAUUAAGGAACCAGACAUCUAUAAGACCUGGAUGAAUGAGAUAUCAAACUAUGACCCAGAGACAUACCAUGCCACCUUGACGCAGUCUGUGUUCGUUCGGUUGGAGGGCUCCAUCAUUCGUCUGUCUAAACCCAACCACAACAUUGCCCGCCGUGCUACACACAAUGAACCAAAACCCGAUGUCACCUACAUCAGUCAGAAGAUCUAUGACCUCACCAACAGCAAAGUAUAUUUACUGCCCCAGAGCCUGGCCAGGAAGCGUAUAUGGAACAAAAAAUACCCCAUCUGCAUUGAACUUGGCAAACAGGAUGACUUCAUGUCAAAGGCCGAGGGUGAUAGGUGGGAGGCCAGUGAGAUCGCCAACACAAGGGACAGAGGAGAGGGGACGGGAGGAGCACAGGAGCGAGGGUCAUCUUCAUCCAGUAGAGACCUGACCCUCUAUCUGUUUGGAAGGACUGGGAGGGAGAAGGAGGAGUGGUUCCAGCGGUUUCUAUCAGCUUCCAAGCUCAAGGCAGACUUGAAGAAAGCUUCAAGUGUUGCUGGAACUAAGAAUGCUCUGAGCUCUCACAGUCGCAGCAGCAGCCGUGGAAGUCUGGAUGAGGCACUGGCAUCACAGCCCAGGUUAAAGGACACCUCAGCCUCCUCAACAACAACAGCAGCAGGCAGUACCAAAACCAAGCCACUGUUGGACUACAGUGUAUACAUGGCCUCCAUACUGCCAAAACAGGCAGCAGUCAGCCCUUCAGCUGCCAGCCCUGCUCUCCUGAGUCCUCAGAGCAGCCCUGGGGCUGAUAAGAAGCUUCAGAGCACCACUUCAGCUCAGGUGCAGCCCAGUGGGGAGGAGCAGGAGGAAGAGGAGGAAAAUGUUGCCUGGGUGAAUGCAGCUCUCGGCCGGGUCUUCUGGGACUUCCUGGGUGAGCCUUACUGGGCUGAACUGGUCUCCAAGAAGAUUCAGAUGAAGCUCAGCAAGAUACGGUUGCCUUACUUCAUGAAUGAGCUAACCCUGACAGAACUGGACAUGGGCUCGGCCACUCCCAGAAUCCUUGGGGCAUCGAAACCCUCUAUUGACUACCAAGGUCUGUGGUUUGACCUGGAGAUUUCCUACAGUGGUUCCUUCCUGAUGACCCUGGAAACCAAGAUGAACCUCAUCCGCCUGGGCAAGGAGGGAGAGAGCGUCCGCGUAGGGGAAUUUGGCAAAGAUGGAUACAGGCCACGGACUUACUGCCUGGCUGAUAGUGAUGAAGAGUCGUCCAGCGCAGGCUCAUCAGAUGAGGAAGACUCCUCAGAGCUCUCAAAUGACUGUGCUGGAGCAGAGGGUUGGGCUGGAGGCCACAAACCCAGCAAGAUCAUGCGCUUUGUGGACAAGAUCACCAAGUCCAAAUACUUCCAGAAGGCCACAGAAACAGAGUUCAUCAAAAAGAAGAUGGAGGAAGUGUCUAACACACCCCUUCUGCUCACAGUGGAGGUACAAGAACUCCAGGGAACGCUGGCUGUCAACAUACCCCCUCCACCCACUGACAGGAUAUGGUAUGGCUUUAGGACGCCGCCUCACCUGGAAUUGAAGGCACGACCUAAACUGGGUGAAAGAGAAGUCACUCUGGCUCACGUUACAGACUGGAUAGAGAAAAAACUGGACCAGGAAUUCCAGAAAAUCUUUGUAAUGCCAAACAUGGAUGAUUUGUGGCUGACCAUCAUGCAUUCUGCCAUGGACCCACGCACAGCUGGCGGACCCUUAGUCGGCCCCGCAGUGGACCCAGAGCCUUCCCAGCCGGAGUGGGACAGCACCAGCCCGCCAUGAAGAUUGUUUACAGUAUUUCCUAGAGCUUAUGAAGUCUCAAAGUGGGAACUGGAGCCAAAGUUGACAAGUCAGACACUACUGUAAUACAAAUACAUUCCCGAAGUGAGUGGGUUUUUCACCUACUGUAGAUGAGACCCUAUGAAUUUUAAAGGAACAAGGUAGAGUCAACCAAGGAAACACUAAAGACAAACUGUUGCUUGCUGCUCUGUUCAGUAGUAUUUAUCUUGCCAGAGAAAAAGGUGAUCGUCUUUGAAGGAUUUAUAUAAGGACCUAUUGAGUAGGGACUGAUCUGUGAAGAGAGUCACGUUUGGCUCACAAUUGGGUUUAAGUUAAUCAGGGGAAUAGGGGGGGAUAGAUAAGUACAUAAUGUCCGUUGAUGUGAAAGCAUUCACCAGAUACCUUACAGCUUGCAGUUCCUGCUAAGGCUAGAGAGUGAGAUAGAGCAUGGUAGCCCCUUUAUUCUAGAAAUACAGUAAGUAGAGAUUUAUAUGAUAGUAUGUUGAAAUUGGAGCUGUUUCAUAGUGAAUGAUUCGUGUGUGAUGGCGAGUUGUCAUUUCCAUUGUGGAGUGACCAAAUUGUAAGCAGGUUAAAAGAAAGUGUACUGAAAAAGCUCAGAUACUUAAUAUUAGGUUCAUGUACUAUAUGAAACAUUAAACCUUUAAGUGGCUUUAUGUCAGCGGCUUUUGAUCAGGUGUUAACAGUUAACAGUAUUCAUUCGUGCUGUGACCACACCAUGAACACCUCCCUUCAUUUGCCAAGACCUUUUUUUUUUUUUUAAAUGCCAAUGAUGCCCUUAUCCAUGUCUGUACGGAAAUAAUGCUUAUGUGAGCAGACAUACAUUAUCUCUGUCAUUCACUAUGUAAAUGCCGCACUAAUGACAAACACAAUAAGUGCAAUGAUAAAAACGCUAUGUAGGUUAUAGUAUGACCUUGUAUAGAUAUUAUAUAAAAGUGUAUGUCUGAUGAGAAGUACGUGGCCUCUAACACGUUUAUUGAAUGUAUGUAUGCAUAGUAUUUGGUUCCUGUUGUUAUUGUAUGACAACAGUUGUCACCCCGUCACAUUUUGACUGUGGUAUGCAAAUUAUUGCACAAAUACAAGUGAAAGUUUUCUUUUUGUUCUCUCAUGAUAAACACUAUCUCAUGUUGAUCUCAUUUUCCAGAUGUGUCAUUCAAUCCUUAUGUUUAUGGAGUGCCAGGUGGUGUGUUUCUCUAUACAUCAUUCAUUAAUGGUGUUAAUGUUGAUGACGAUGAUUAGUAUUGUUGGAAGUGAAUUUAAUUGACCAACUUUGAUAUGUCACAGUGCUUUAAAAAGACUCUAGUCGCCAUACUGUAUGUACACAAUUGGAUGAAGUUAAGGUACGUACUGUAUAGUAGAGCAUCUAUUGCCAAGAAUGUAUAGCCUUAUCUACAGGUUCCCUUUCUGAAAAAUAAAUUUUUAACCAUGUCAUAUUUCUAAUGUUAACCAAAGUCCUUUAAAUAGGCCUAUUAGUGCCGGAUCUUUCUUUCUGCACAAAGGUACACAUCCUGUAUUGAUAUAGCAUUGUGAGGUAAUAUUUACAGUUGCGCUACAGUACCUGCAUUAACAUUGUUUACAGGAAUUCUAAGCUUGUUAUCUCUCUUAGGAUACUAAAGCACUGUAACACAAAAUAGAUUUUCUGUAUAAUUGUCUUUCCCUUUAUGCGUUUAUGUUAAGUAUUUGUUUUUGAAUGACUACAUGAAGUGGGUUAUGGUUGUAAUUUUGUCUACUUCUUUGGAAUAAACAGAAUGAAAUGAGAUUUUUGAGGAUAUAUGAAGAUAUGCCAUGAUUUGUAUCUGUGAAUUAAUUACUUUUUAAAAUUAUAAUGUAAUUUUAAGGCCAAAUUCAGUGAUUAUGUGUAUCUGCCUUAUUUAUAGAGCAAAAUAAAUCUCUGUCAAUGAAA